AAAAGCGGAUAUGCCCAAUAUAGUUAUCAGGAUGACGAUGAUAUAAGAUGUGUGUGUUUGAGGCUUGGUUUCACAACAACGAAUGAACCAAGAGUACGAGCACACCACAAAAGUAACCCAAUAUUAAAGUGUCCACGUAUCAUCUGAGGAAUCAUGUGGAUGGUCCAGAGAUUUAUCCUUGUUGUUAUUUCAGCAAUUUGCAUUCAGGGAAAUGUAGUAAAAAGAAACAAAGGUGAUGACGAGGUGUGUUAUGACAAAUUGGGCUGCUUCAGCAACGGAGGUCCUUUCUGGGAUCGUGCCAUUGCCUUCACUCCCGAAUCCCCCGAGGUCAUAGGAACAAAGUUUUACCUGUUCACCAGAACCAACAGAAACAAAGCUCAUAUUCUUGUCACUGAUGAUAAGAAUACUUUAUCCAGUGUGUAUGACCCCAAGAAAGAAACGAAGAUAAUUGUUCAUGGGUUCAUCAACAGCGCUGAAACGCCUUGGAAAGAGGAGAUGACAAACGCCCUUUUGGACUAUGGUGACUUCAAUGUGAUAGUUGUGGAUUGGAGAGUUGGUGCAUUACCAUUGUAUUCCCAAGCUUCUGCCAACACACGAGUAGUCGGGGCACAGAUCGCCAGACUCAUUACUAACUUAGAGAGCGCUACCGGUGUGAAGCCUGAGACGUUCCACAUCAUUGGUCACAGUCUAGGUGCCCAUAUUGGAGGCUAUGCUGGAGAGAGAAUCAACAGACUGGGAAGAAUCACUGGUAUGGACCCAGCUGGUCCUUACUUCGAGGGAAGAGAGAUUGUGGUUAGGCUGGAUCCAACAGAUGCACUGUUUGUUGAUGCUAUCCAUACUGACGGGAAGUCUCUAUUAAAUACUGUAAAUCUGAAUGGAGGCUAUGGUAUUAAAAUGCCUGUGGGCCAUGUCGACUUCUACCCAAAUGGUGGCCAAAACCAACCAUCUUGCAAGAACAACAUCAUUGGUGAAGUCAUUGAUAAAGGCUUGGUUGAUGGUGUUCAGCAUAUAGCAUGUGAUCAUAGAAGUGCAUAUUUCUACUUCAUCGACUCCAUCAAAAAUAGGACUCCAUUCACUGGCUAUGCGUGCAAUUCAUAUGAGAAGUUUGAGGAUGGUGGGUGUUUUGAAAAUGUUGAGACAUCAGAAAUGGGAUUCUUUGCCAAACCUCUAAGCAAGGUGAACACAAAACUCUACUUGGACACAGCCUCCAAGAAGCCAUUUGCAAAGUACCACUAUAAGAUCUCUGUGAGUCUGGGCUCUAUGUCAAGGUCGGAAAGGGGCAAGAUGUUUGUUAGAGUAUUUGGGACAAAGGACAGGAUUGAUGCUAAAAAAAUAACUGAUGACAUUGAAAUGGAAUCUGGAAAGACCUACACACUCCUGUUCACAAGUAGAUUGGACAUUGGUGAAGUGACGAGAAUUCAAUAUUACUGGGAGCACAAUUCUAGCUGGCUUAGACCAGACCAGUGGAACUUAUGGAGGGAUCCUGUAAUAGUGGUCAACAAUGUGCAAGUAUUUACAGCAAACAAAACCAGGAACUUGUUUUGUUCAGCACAAAAGAUGGCCAACAAUAAAUUCUAUGACAAGAAUGUAUCAAAGAGGUCUACUUGCACUGGUAAUGCAAAUGUUGUGGGGUAGAAAUUACAAUACAACAGAAGCAAAAUACACCAAUCUUUAAAAAAGACUUUCCACACUUGUUGUGUUGUGUUGUUGUUAAAUAUAUUGUCAAUAUCUUUAUUCAAUAUGCAUGUACAAACUGAGUCUAAAUAUUCAGAUACAAAAUGGUUAACAAUACACCUCAGACAUUGGUAGAAAAAUUCAGAUGCUAAUAAAUUGAAGACUUUUGGUGUUACGAAUGUCAAUGUGUUCCUUCAAAGAACACACAAAUUAAGUAAGAGGUAAACCAUUUUGGAACUUUAAGAUCACGAUGAGUAGAUCUAAUGUUUUCAAGUUCUACAUGCAUGUACUGCAUGUAUCACAGAUAUUUAAUCAUUGAAUAAUCCCUUGACCGCAAAUUAUGCCCUUGUAUGUUACAGUCCAAUAUUUCCCAGUACAAAUUUUGUAAUCUAAUGACUUUCUCAUAAAGAAACUUUGAAAUGUGAAUGCCUGCUAUUGGAAACAAUUUUGGCCAGUCACAGUGGUGUUUGCAUUCGACAGGUUUUACUGUACACUGAUUUAGGGUUAAAUAUACAUUUACAAUGACCCAGUCAAUGUUGCAUCGUUCUCUACAGCACA